AUGGAUUAUAUGUCAUUCAACGAGACUUUCAGUAAGGAUAUCACCGAAGAAAGCAGUGUUUUCGAUUUCAUGAACGACUGUCAAGGUUUUGAUUAUGAUGAUGAAAAUGCAACCGCAGUUAACGAUGAAAAAAUAGAAGAUCAACACAAUUAUUCAAUGAGGAAUGAAGAUGGCUGUAACGAUCGAAACGAAAUAUUAAGUGAGCACAACGACGGAGUUUUUGUAGAUUUUGUCGAUGAUGAAGUUGCAUCAUUGAGCAAUAAAGCUGAAGAUUAUCGAUCUGAUGGCAUGGCGGAAACGAACGAUGGGUCGAAAUGUUGGUUUCCCAAUGAGGAGAUGAGGUUUUCACGUUCUAAAAGGCAACUACAUUACGUUUAUCACAAAAAUGUAUUUCAUGGUUCUAGUUCGAAGGUUGGUGUCACCAAAUCUCAUAGAUUUAGGAAAGCAAUUACGGGUGGUGUAGAUUGCUCGGGUGGCACCGGAAGAGAUCAUCAAAGGUUCAAACGCGAUAUGGCUUAUUUUGUUGGCAAUAAAGACGCGCAAAUGUUGUUAAAUGUGAUGUCUAAUAGGAGGAAGGAGUUGUUAGCGAUUUUCUGGGCUGAUGAAACUGUGCGAUCAAAUUAUAGGGAAUUUGGUGAUGCAAUAUCAUUUGAUGCAACGUUUAGGACGAAUAAGCAUGCCAUGAUAUUUGUUCUGUUUGUUGCAAUUGAUAAUCAUAAGAAAUUUGUCGUUGUUGGAGCUACUUUGAUUCACAAUGAAUUUGUGGUUGAUUACACUUGGGUAUUGAAAGCUUUUGUAAAAGCUCAUGGACGUCAACCAYGUUUUGUGAUYACUGACCAAUGUGCGUCGAUGAAACAAGCAAUUCUCAUUGCAUUUCCUGAAUCCAAGCAUCGAUUGUGUAUGUGGCAUAUCACUAAAAAACUCAAAUCUAAGAUCAAUAAUUACCUCCAACAUCGUACGCUGUUUGUUAGCGAAUUUAAUAAGUUAGUGUGGAAUGUUCACCUUGCCCCUGAUGAAUUUGAGAUGAAAUGGCUCAACAUGAUGGAUUUGUAUGGAUUACGUGGAGACUCAUGGUUUGAUGAACUGUAUGAGAUUAGGGAGUCAUGGAUUUCGGCUUAUUAUAAGGAUUAUCAUAUGUCCGGUCUAAUGAAAACAACAUCCAGGCAAUGGACGACACAUGGGUCACUAGAGGUGACAACGAAGAGCACGGUUCCUCGAUUGGUGUCUCCUUGCAAAUUAGAAGUUCAUGCAGCAGAAGUAUAUACACGGACAAUAUUUUUUGAAGUUCAGAAAGAGUUAAGAAAGGCUGUUUGGCUUUGUGGAUGGGAUGGAUUCAUUGACGUUGGUGAAACCCGAGUGUACACAAUAACACACAAGAACAAAGCUUCUAAGAUCACCACAAAGUACACGGUUGUCAAGAACAAGAUGGAAAACUCGUAUGAUUGCUCAUGUAACUGUUUUGUUCGUAACGGGAUUUUAUGUCGUCACGCUUUCAAAGUGAUGUUAAAUGACGAGGUUGAUAGAGUUCUAGAUAAGUAUAUACUUCGUCGUUGGAGACGCGAUCUAGUGCCGAUGGAGUGGUUACUAUCACGUUUCAGAUAUGGGGAAGUUGACACUGAUAAGGAGAGGUUGAUGAGUAUUGCUUAUUCGUAUUUUGAACGUAUUCUAGGUCGAGUGCGAAAUGAGAAACAUAUUUUGUCAAAAUUUGUUGACCAACUUCAAGAAUGGGAUACAAAGAUUGAUAGUGAACUUCCUAUACAGUUACACGCUCAAGAGACAACAACAUCUAUUAAAGAGUUUAUUGGAGUAUCUCAACCCGAAAAUAUUGACGUUCUACCUCCAACCAGCAUAAGAAAUAAAGGUUGUGGGAUUGGUAAGAGACUUAUUAGCGCUGCCGAGAAAGCAAUUGCGAAUGGCAAAAAGCAGAAGAGAAAGUGUCGGUUAUGUCGUCAAAUGGCUACACAUGAUUCGAGGAAUUGUCCAAAACGUGAUUCCACUUAA